GUCCCGGGGCUGCCGGCAGGAGGGACCGGGAGCGGGCGCGGCCUGAAGCCCCGCGGGGAGCAGCCGGGGAGCAGCGGGAGCAGCAGCGAUGCCGCUGGAGCUGGAGCUGUGUCCCGGGCGCUGGGUGGGCGGGCAGCACCCGUGCUUCAUCAUUGCCGAGAUCGGCCAGAACCACCAGGGCGACCUGGACGUGGCCAAGCGCAUGAUCCGCGUGGCCAAGGAGUGUGGGGCUGACUGUGCCAAGUUUCAGAAGAGUGAGCUGGAGUACAAGUUUAAUCGGAAAGCCUUGGAGAGGCCGUAUACUUCGAAGCACUCCUGGGGGAAGACAUACGGGGAGCACAAGCGCCACCUGGAAUUCAGUCAUGCCCAGUACAAGGAGCUGCAGAGAUAUGCCGAGGAGGUUGGCAUCUUCUUCACUGCCUCUGGCAUGGAUGAGAUGGCAGUUGAGUUUCUGCAUGAAUUGAAUGUUCCAUUUUUCAAAGUUGGAUCUGGGGACACUAACAAUUUUCCUUAUCUGGAAAAGACAGCCAAAAAAGGCCGCCCAAUGGUGAUCUCCAGCGGGAUGCAGUCGAUGGACACCAUGAAGCAAGUCUAUCAGAUUGUGAAGCCCCUCAACCCCAACUUCUGCUUCCUGCAGUGCACCAGUGCAUACCCACUCCUGCCUGAGGAUGUCAACUUGCGCGUCAUCUCGGAAUAUCAGAAGCUCUUCCCUGACAUUCCCAUAGGGUAUUCUGGGCAUGAAACAGGAAUAGCAAUAUCUGUGGCCGCUGUGGCUCUGGGGGCCAAGGUUUUGGAGCGUCAUAUAACUUUGGACAAGACCUGGAAGGGCAGUGACCACUCGGCCUCGCUGGAGCCGGGAGAGCUGGCCGAGCUGGUGCGGUCAGUGCGCCUUGUGGAAAAGGCCAUGGGCUCCCCAACCAAGCAGCUGCUACCCUGUGAAAUGGCUUGCAACGAGAAGCUGGGCAAGUCUGUGGUGGCCAAGGUGAAAAUUCCAGAAGGCACCAUUCUCACACUAGACAUGCUGACCGUGAAGGUGGGUGAGCCCAAAGGCUACCCUCCUGAAGACAUCUUUAGCCUGGUGGGCAAGAAGGUCCUGGUCACUAUUGAAGAAGACGACACCAUCAUGGAAGAAUCUGUAGACAAUCACGGCAAAAAAAUCAAGUCUUAAAAUAAAGUGCCAGCCGAAACCGGUUUGGCU